AUGUGUAACAAGAACAUUGCUGACCGUAUUUACAGCAAAGCAUUUCAUGAACUCAGCGCUUACCAGAGGGUAGUUCUUAUUCGAGCCUUAGUUGAGUCAACUCUGCGCGCCUUUGAUAACUUACGCGCCUCUCUCGACCGUUGGGCCGAUUGGGAGGCGAGCCGACCCGUGGAGCUGGGUUAUGACCCUACUGACGGCAUUGUUUAUCUUCGCUUCCCGAGCCUUAUUGACGCAGAGAUCUGCACACCUUGUCGCAUUUACAGUCUUCCUCGGCCUCAGGCUGAGUUCACUUUUCCUCCUACCUGGCCCAACGAAACUCAGCCCACUGAGGCCUUAUCCACAAGGACUCCCAUAAAUGAGCUAGCUCUUGCAGAAGAUAAUUUGGAGUCCAAGGAUGAAGAAAUAGGCUCCCAAGGACAGACAAAACGAAGACGAUAUAAACGGUAUCUGCAACGCUCAUAG